AUGUCUCAAUAUGCAUCUCUUCGAGCUCAGUUCUUCGAGGGUGACAUUCGGACUAAAUCGUCCCCAGACGAGCCCACAGACCCUAUCGCUGAAAUGCUUUCGGGCAACGCUCAAUGGGCGAAGGCCGUCACCGAAUCAGAUCCCGACUUCUUUCCUACAACUGCGAGAGCUCAAUAUCCCCAUACGCUUUGGAUCGGAUGCGGAGACUCGAGAGUACCUGAAACUGUCAUUACUGGCGCAAAGCCUGGAGAUAUUUUCGUCAAACGUAAUAUUGGAAACCAAGCCCGCCAUGAUGAUGAAAGUCUGAUGGCAACUCUCACAUUUGCAGUCGAAGUGUUGGUCAUCAUUUGUGGGCAUAGUGGAUGCGGGGCCGUUGCUGCCAGUUUGGCGGCAAGCCGACGAGAAACUGUACCAGGUCAAGAUCCCAUCAUCACUAUCGAGGGUUUCCCAGCCGACUCUCCGUUAAACCUUUGGUUGGCUCCCCUCACAAUUUUUAUCGGGAGUUUGGGGCUUUCUUCGACUCCACACGAAGAGGCUCUUCCUGUUGCAGUCCGAGAGAACAUCAUAGCGCAGGUGAACAGUGUAUGUGAAACAGAGGUCAUUCAGAAUGCUUGGAGAAGAAAGAUUUUGCCUAACAUCACUGUUCAUGGAUGGGUUUAUGAUCUUGAAACUGGAAGGAUUCAAGAUUUAGGGAUCUCCCGAGGGCCCGGAUCGCUGCCAGCGGGAAAAGAUUCGGCUUGA